AUUAAUUUUAAAACAAAUUAAAUUUUUAAUUUCAAUUUUGGUAAACUAUUUCGUGGAUAUGUUUAAAAAUUCUAUUUAUUUCAUCUUCUUUUAAUCAAAUCUUAAGUCCAAACAUUUGUUGGUAAGCAGAGCGCAGUACAUAAGCAGAGGCUUAUAGUUAAAUUUGAUCCAAUUCUUGGCUGGAGAAAAGGAGCUGUUCUGGAUCAAAAACCAUAUCACACGGACUAUUUGUGGAAUUUUUAACCAAAUUUGAUACGUAUUUUUUGCAGUUAAAAAAUUCUACUUGUCAUAUAUUUAUAAUUUUGAACUCGAUCUUUUUCUACAUACAUACAUACUUGUGUAGAGCAAUGGAAGAAAUUACAAGAAAUAAAAGAGUUUGCCUUAUAUGACAACACUUUCUCAGUUUAUACAUGCACAUUGCAUGCCAAUAAUGAGCCCCUAAAUCCGAUUCCUGAACAUAAGUUUGUGUAGUCAAUGCGAAAAGCCUGCUGAAAUUCAGUUGAAGACGAACAGCGGAGCAGUGCAGAACUAAAAUGUGCAAAGGAAUUUCUGGAGAAUUCCAAUUUGAAACGAAGGGGUUUAAGUAUGUGUAUGAUCACUAUGAGCAGUGUUUUGUCCUAAGAAGGAGUACACAAGACGCACCGAAAAGCAUUAAUGAAUCGCUUAACAAUGAAAAACCAUUGAAAGAAAUCCGGAAACUAUGCACUUUAGUGAAGAAGCAUCAGCUGCUGUAUAAUAGAGCUCACCGUGAUUAUGGUCGGAGAGAGGCUACCGAUGCAGCCUGGAAAGCAAUAGCCGCAUCAUGUGGUGAUACAGUGGAUAAUUGCAAGAAUCGUUGGCAAACAAUGCGUAGCGGUUAUAAACAAUCGCUUGAGAAGAAAAGUAAGCAAGGCAAAGGAUAUUAUUUAGCUCAAUAUUUGGAAUUCGUAAGGCCGCAUUUAAAUAAUGUAUGUAGACAAUCAGCUAAGGGCGUCGCAAAACGGUCAAAAAAUGUCAAAAUCGAAUUGAAGAAAGAGAUGAAGCGCGAAGUUAUAUAUAUUAAGGAGUCAAGUUAUCAAAUUUCAAAAAAAAAACGUACCAAAUAGUUCGUACCUUUUCUCCAGCCAUGUUUGGAUCAAAUAUAACUAUAAGCCUCUGCUUACAAACAAAUGUUUGGACUUAAGAUUUGAUUAAAAGAAGAUGAAAUAAAUACAAAUUUUAAACAGAUCCACGAAACUAUUUACCAAAAUAAAAAAAAAAUAUAAAAAAUUGUUUCAAAAUUAA